AUGUCCAACACACCACACGGAAACGUUUUGAAGGAUCUUCACGUAAGAGACGCAGACAAGCAGGAGCAGCUCAUCGCUGAAUCUGAGAAUCUGCCCUCUGUCAGCCUCACUGAGCGCCAGCUGUGCGACUUAGAACUCAUUAUGAACGGCGGUUUCUCACCUUUGGAAGGUUUCAUGGGCAAAAAGGACUACGACAGCGUUGUUGAGACAAUGAGGCUCGCAGACGGCUUAGUAUUCCCAAUUCCAGUAACCCUUGACUUGGCAAGUGAACAAAUCAAAGAAUUGGGUCUCGCUUCUGGCUCAAGAGUCACACUCCGCGACCCAAGAGACGAGAACCCGCUCGCUAUAAUCACUGUAGACGAUAUCUGGCAGCCAGUCAAGUCAAACGAGGCUGAGAAGGUCUUUGGUGCCGGUGAGAACGACUUGGCCCACCCAGCCAUCGCAUACCUCCACAACCACGUCAAGGACAGCUAUGUCGGCGGUAAGGUACAGGCUGUUAAUCCUCCACUCCACUACGACUACGUCGCCCAGCGUUUCACUCCUGCUGAGCUUCGUUCUCACUUCAAGAAGCUCGCUUGGAGAAAGGUCGUUGCCUUCCAAACACGCAACCCUAUGCACAGAGCUCACAGAGAGCUCACCGUCCGCGCUGCUCGUCAACGUCAAGCCAAUGUUCUCAUCCACCCUGUCGUCGGUCUCACCAAGCCAGGUGACGUCGAUCACUUCACCAGAGUCAGAGUAUAUCAAUCUAUCAUGCCAAAAUAUCCGAACGGCAUGGCCCAAUUAGCUCUCUUACCAUUAGCUAUGCGUAUGGCUGGUCCACGUGAAGCUGUUUGGCACGCCAUCAUCCGUAAAAACUUCGGUACCACACACUUCAUUGUCGGUAGAGACCACGCUGGUCCAGGCAAAAACAGCCACGGCAAGGACUUCUACGGUCCAUACGAUGCCCAAGAGCUCGUUACCUCGUUCAAAGAUGAACUUAAGAUCGAGAUGGUUCCAUUCCAGAUGAUGACCUACCUCCCUGAAACUGACGAGUACCAGCCAGUCGAUGAGGUACCACAAGGCACCCCAACCGCGAACAUCUCCGGCACUGAGCUCCGUCGUCGUCUUAAGACAGGUGCACACAUCCCAGAUUGGUUCUCCUACGACUCAGUCGUCAAAACCCUCCGGGAAUCGUACCCACCAAGACUCCAACAAGGUUUCACUAUCAUGUUGACUGGUCUUUGGAACUCUGGUAAGGACCAGAUCGCCAAGGCUCUCCAAGUCAAGCUCAACGAGCAAGGUGGUCGUUCAGUUAGUUUGUUGCUCGGUGAAACUGUUAGACAGGAGUUAUCAACCGAAUUAGGUUUCUCCCACGAAGACAGACACAAGAACCUCCAAAGAAUUGCAUUCGUUUCGGCUGAAUUGAGCAGAGCUGGUGCUGCUGUUAUCGCUUCACCACUUGCACCAUUCGAAGAAUCGCGCCAACAAGCACGCAAGACUGUCGAGACUACCGGCGGUGCUGGAAAUUUCUUCCUUAUUCACGUCGCCACUCCAAUUGAAGUGUGUGAGAAGACGGACAGAAGAGGUGUGUACGCAAAGGCACGCAAAGGCGACAUCAAGAACUUCACUGGCGUUUCUGAUGGCUACGAGGUUCCAAAGGAUGCCGAUAUCACCGUUGAUGUUGCUGAGCAACCUAUUUCCGAGAUUGUGCACAGCAUCGUCUUGUUGCUUGAGGGUGAAGGUCUCGUUUAA